AUGCAGAGUAGACUGAUGCACUUAAACGGCGCCGGCGGCCGCGACAGAGGCCAAAGCAGCAGGGCAAGCGGCGGCGGCCGCGACAGAGGCAGCAGCAAGUUGAGGAAGGGGCGGUGGACAGAGAACGAGGACAAGAUCCUGUUGGAGUACGUGCGAAAGAACGGCGCCCGCAACUGGAGCUCCAUUCGAUGCCAAGGCUUGCUCCUCCGCGACAGCAAGUCCUGCCGCUUCCGCUGGGUCAACAAACUGCGGGACGGUCUCACGACGGGCAGGGGCAAGUUAUCGGAGGAGGAAGUGCGGCUGGUGAUGGAACUGCAGGAGCAGUGGGGGAAUAAGUGGGCGAGGAUAGCCAACCAGUUGCCCGGCCGAACAGAGAAUGAUGUCAAGAACUUCUGGGGUAGCACCAGGCGGAAGCAACUCACCGGGAUUGCGAGCGAUCUGAACCAUCGCCAGAAUUCUGCGCACUCCCAACCCCUUCCUCCUCCUCCUCCUCCUCCGCCGCCGCAGGAUCAAAAUGCAUCCGCUUCGCACAUUCUAAUCCAGUUUAAUCAAUUAACUUUACACGAUUCGUUUACGGAUGAUCCUCUCCGCCAGCUCGAUGGCGUCGACGACUACGAUUUAGAGUACUCCUCUAUUUUCGAACUCGACCUCCCGCCCGACCUCGAUCUCUGGCAGUUCCAGGACCCACAUUUCAGCCAUCGGAUCCUCCCUGAGGAACCACGCUUCUUCGGCGUGAUGAGGUCGGAGCAGGAGACGGCGUUGCCAUGGCCACUGGACAACUUCGACGAGCCGCCACCACCGCCGACGUGCUAG